GCGGGCGGUAGAGGCCGCGGGUGGCGGCUAUCUUCUCUUCACCUUCCAGAGGAUCACCGCGCCGUCACCAUGUCUCUGGCGGCUUCGGCGGGCCGGGGCCCGGGGGCCGUGUGGUCCCCCACACAUGUGCAGGUGACGGUGCUGCAGGCGCGGGGCCUGCGGGCCAAGGGCCCCGGGGGCACCAGCGAUGCGUACGCGGUGAUCCAGGUGGGCAAGGAGAAGUACGCCACCUCGGUGUCGGAGCGCAGCCUGGGUGCGCCAGUGUGGCGGGAGGAGGCCACCUUCGAGCUGCCGCCGCUGCUGUCCGCCGGGGCCGCGCCCGCGGCCACCGCCACCCUGCAGCUCACCGUGCUGCACCGCGCACUGCUCGGCCUCGACAAGUUCCUGGGGCGCGCCGAGGUGGACCUGCGGGAGCUGCACCGGGACCAGGGCCGCAGGAAGACCCAGUGGUACACCUUGAAAUCCAAACCAGGAAAGAAAGAUAAAGAGCGAGGAGAAAUUGAAGUUGACAUCCAAUUUAUGAGAAACAACAUGACUGCUAGCAUGUUUGACCUUUCCAUGAAAGACAAGUCUCGGAAUCCAUUUGGGAAACUGAAGGACAAGAUCAGGGGGAAGAAUAAGGAUAGUGCAUCAGAUACUGCUUCAGCCAUCAUCCCCAGCAUGUCACCCUCCGUUGACAGUGAGGAUGAGUCGUCUUCGAAAGACAAGAAAAAGAAGUCAAAGAUUAAGACCUUGUUUUCCAAGUCUAAUUUGCAGAAAACACCACUUUCCCAGUCCAUGUCUGUCCUGCCUACUUCAAAGCCAGAUAAAGUGCUGCUUCGUCCUGGAGACUUCCAGUCCCGGUGGGAGGAUGAUGACAACGAGGAUGAGUCCUCCUCUGCCUCGGACAUCAUGUCUCACAAGAGAACAGUAAGUGCAGAUACUAAGCAACUGAACCAGAUCAACUUCAACCUUCCCAAGAAGGAAGGGCUCUCCUUUCUUGGUGGCCUUCGGUCCAAGAACGACUCCCUUUCCCGCUCUAAUGUCUGCAUCAACGGGAACCACGUUUACAUGGAGCAGCCAGAAGGCAAGAAUGAGACCAAGGACAGCACCUCUUCUUCUUCCCCUUCUCCCCAGGGCUUCAGGAAGAAGCAUUUGUUCUCGUCGACAGAAAACCUGGCUCCUCGGGCUGGGAAGGAACCUGGGGAAGGGGGUGCAGUGUCAUCUGACAAGUGGCUCUCUGAGUCUUCCACAAAGAACUCCCCGAAAUCCAUGACCCUGCCGCCCUCCUGGCCCCUAGUCAGCGGGGACAUUGGGGAAAAUACAGCCCCAGCGAAAUCAGAGGUUGUGAAAGAAUCCAAAGACAGCAAGAAGCACGAGAACAAGAAGUCCUCUUUGCUUUCUCUGGUGACAGGAAAGAAGGACGUGGCGAAGGGCGGUGAAGGCGAAAGCCCUGCUGCCACGCCCGGGACGGAGAAGGAAGGCAUGCGGGGGGAGGACGGGCCCGGGCCUGUUGAAGGCGUGGUGAAGAGGUCUGAGAAGGGUACCAUGGCCCUUGUCUCUGGACAGGGAAAGUCCCUGAACCCCUUUGAAGAAGUGCAGAUCACAGAACCGGAAGCUGACCCAGAGCCCAAGUCUGAGCCAACACCACCUGUUACCUCUGCCAGGGCUCCCCAGACCAAAGCCGUGAAACCUCGACUGGAAGUGUCUCCAGAGGUUCAGCCCACAGCCAGGCUUCCUCCUUCCCCUAAUUCUCCUCUCUUUUUUUCUGCUCUCCCUUCCAGUUCUGCUCAGACACCUGUCCCUUCUCAGUCGGGGCAUGCGUCAGAGACACAGUGCUCAGAUUCUCUCUCGUUCUUCUCCGCUUUCUCCUCUCCCCUAGCAGCUCCCAUUUCCACAUCCACUCCCAUUGAAAGCUGGCCUUCCACUGACCGGGGCCAGGCUGAUUCGGAAGAACCACCUUUGCUCCUUAAUGCAGAGUUGCAAAAAGAGAGUUUAACACAAGUUUCAGAUGCUGUUUCUUGUGCCUUGGGAUCACUUUCCAAACAGCCCACUACUGCAGUGUGUGAAAGGAUGGAAGAGGCUCCAGUGAGGAUGACCAGCGAGAAGGACACAGAGGAGAAGACCAGUGUCGAUGACUCAGAAAAGUCUCUCCUGAAGCAGCCUGAAAUGGGGCAGCAAGAAGAACUUCUGAGGUUUCCCCCUAAAAAACAAGACUAUACGCCUCCCUCUGAAGGGGCCCAAGAAGUGACAUUCGCCCUUUCCGUGCGAAGUGGCAGGAUGGAAAGCCCAGCUGGGAAGCCUGCGAUGGGGGGAAACACAGACUUGGAGAGUCGGUCUGGGUCUUUUGAGGAGAACAAAGUUAGGGAUGGCAGAAUGACUUCUGCAGUCAAACAAGUGGUACCCCCUCUUCAAAUGGGAGAAUCGGUCCCCCAAUUUGACUCCACAGUGCGGAGACAUGAAGAGAUGGGUCUGAAUGGCAGUGGGGGCCAAAGGAAAAUCAAGAAGCAUGUGUCAUUUUCUGAGCAGCUCUUCAUGGAAGAGGAGGUGGAGAAGUCACCUGGACUGGUUGAAGAGGACAAAGGUAAUCCCCAGGAGCAGCGGUGUGAAGGGGUUGCCGCCGGCAGUGUGUGUGACAGAGAGCCGGCUGAGUCUCCCCACACAGAAGACUUGGAGGGGGAAGUUGUGAUUGAACCCAGUGUGCCAGCUGCCACGGCCGAUCAUCUGCCCCGCCCCUCUCACGAGGAGAGCGUCUCAGAAGGCCCAGUGAGUGAAGCAAGCCGAGGGAAAGGCAUUCCACUCUUUAGGACUGAGGAAGAUGAUAUCCUUAUGGCUCAAAAUCAGAGCAAAGCCAGUGAUCAUGAAGGUCUAUUGUCUGAUCCCCUGAGUGACCUUCCGUUGGCCUCGGAUGUUAAAUCUCCAGUCACGGCUGAUCUGGACUUAACCCUUCCUUCCAUUCCUGAAGUCGCAUCGGAUGAUGAAAGAGUAGAUGAGGUGGAAGACGACCGAGAGGCAGCAGAGGUGGCAACUCUGGAAGUAGGAGCUUCUUCCUUGAGCUCGUUACCUGCCCAUCCUGAGAGGGCACCGAGUGGCGAGGCGGGUGGGUUGGCAGUGCCCACAGACAGCCUGCAUGACCUCAGGUCGAAAGCACCUGAAGCUUCUGUUAGGGCUUCUUCAGAGGAGACUACAACUUUAGAAAUUCAUAAACCACAUCUUGGCAAGAGUUCAUGCUUGGAUACACAGCUGCCAGGUCCUGGUGAUGGCAAGGAGGAGAAACUGAUGGGAAAUGGCAGGUCAAGUCAACCUCCUGACGUGGCCCUGAAUUCUCCUGUCUCCAGGCCCUCUUUUUCUGAGCCCUCUCCUGCCACACACUCUUUCCCUAGCUAUCCAUACUCUGACACUCACCACACCAGUACAGCAGAAUCUCAAAAAAAAGCAACAGCAGAGGGCCUCCCUGGUAAAGUGGAAAAUUCUGGCAAGAGGAAGCCGCUUCUUCAGGCCUGGGUCUCACCCUCGGAGACACAUCCAGUCUCAGCUGGAACUGGGUCAGCCAAGCACAGACUUCAUCCUGUGAAGCCAAUGAACACAACGGCCACCAAGAUUGCUAACUCCAGCUUGGGAACUGCCACUAUCAUCAGUGAGAACUUGAUCAACGAAGCCAUUAUGAAGAAAUACACCCCCUCGGACCCUGCUUUUGCUUAUGCACAGCUAACCCACGAUGAGCUGAUCCAGUUGGUUCUCAAACAAAAGGAAACAAUAAGCAAGAAGGAGUUCCAGGUUCGAGAGCUGGAGGACUACAUCGACAAUCUGCUGGUCAGGGUCAUGGAAGAAACCCCCAAUAUCCUCCGAGUUCCGGCUCAGGUCGGCAAAAAGGCAGGAAAGAUAUGAAUGGCCAGCAUACAACACUGAGACUUCCCCGUGGGUUUGUUUCCACGUCUUCCUGAGGUCAAGGACUCUGUAUGCCUGAUAACCAGCAUACUAGCUCCAAGUCACCAUCUCUCUCCCUUGCCUCUUAUCUGGCAAGAGUCAAUUCUACCAGCUGAAGCCAGGUUAAUUAUUACAAUGAAUCUUUUACUGUACGUUCCCAGGAUUUUAUUUUUAAAAUGCCACUGUGCCUUAUGUUGUAAAUAUUUUAUGCCCUGACCAAAGACAUGGUCAUAAGAUCUGACCCUGGCCCAGAGAGUCAUAUGGCGCCAGGGGUAUUAAUGUAUUUUAACAUCGGGGUUUCCUUUCUUUGAUAUUGAGUAUCACCCAGUCAUUAACGCUUGGGGUAAAAUGCGAAGGUGCUGUGUUACACGUACUUUCUUGGCUUUUGAGUAGCUCAGGUGUGUCUUUUUGGCAGCAGAUGCUAAAUUUUGAUGUUACGUCAACCUCUCGGGCUUCUUAGACUUGGUCUUAUUUUUUGACGGGCAGAGGAGUUUAGGGAAAGCCACUGAGUAUACCUUUUAGAUUUUGAACAAGUUGCCUUUUGUAAACAUCAGCUUCCACUACUCUCUAGCCUUAAAAUUGUGCUCUGUGUAGAUCCACAGGACCCUUGAGAAGUAGAACAGGGGAAUGAGUCACUUGACACUCACUUAGGGGGAGUUGGUCCAAGUCCCUCCUCACGUGAUAGCAAGGUUCCUGCUGGCUAGAAUGGCCUAGCCGGUGCCACGCUAAGGGACCAGGUGACCCAGCCCUUACUAAAAUGGUUCCACCAGGUACGGAAUGAUUUUAGUGGGAUUCCUGUGGCCUCUUCACCCUGUGCCUUGGCUCCCUGGUUUCCUUGGCAGCUCUUCCUGGCAUUCCCCCCUUGUUAUAAAAUGGUAAAGAGCAAGAAGAUGAUACUUGUUUUGAGAUUGCUGUAUUUUUAAGACUGGAUUAAUACACAUAUUUUAAAAAAUUAGGACACUUGCCCUCUUCUUAAUUAACAGUAUCAGUUCAAAUUCUUUAGGUAAUUUCAUUGUUAGUAACCUAAUGAUUGGACUUAGCAUGUUUCUGUAUUACUCAUCCUUCUUUCCUGGUUGUGACAGUCUCACCAGAUCUGGACCAUUCUCCUGGGGGAGGAAUAUUGCUGACCAGUGGGGCAGGCAGGGUGGCAAUACCAGCAGGUAUUAAAUUGGGAAUCUCUUCUUCGCAUAUUCUUGUUAUAUUGAGGUUAAGAGGCAAGAUUGUUGGCAUUGGAAUUCCUCUUCAGGAUCACGUUUGCUGCAACCUUAGUUCUAUCGGAGCACUUUAAUCUGAAGGAUGGUAUUGUAACUUGAUUUAUCUAAUUAGUUUUUAACUACCUAUAGCUAUUUUAUUUAAUUCUCUCCUACAGUACUGGGGACCACCGUAAACUUCUCAGAUGACUUGUAUUUUUGUAGUGCUAUGAAAUUUAUUUUCAUACCUACAAAGAGAAUUGUAUAUUCACUUGAAUUCUGAAAUUGUACAUGUAUAUAUUUGUUCCACAACAUGUUUUUUUUACUUGAUAUAAAUGUGUUUUGACUGUGAUAACCCAAGUGCACUGGGGGACGGGUGUGCUCUGAAUGGUCUCUCCUUGACGAGCAGGUGGAGACGUGUACUGUUCAGAAGGGGCUGGUUUGCUGAUUGCUGCUGGGACCUCGGGAAUGUGCCUUGGUCAGUGUUUGAGAGGGGUGCUGGGUGGAGGAGUGAAUUCCUGUGCUCUGAAAUGCCACUUGGGAACUCUGGAGAAUGAAGGACAAUUUACUUCAAGGGUGUCUGGUUUCGACCACUGCUGGAAAAAAAUUCAACUUAGAGCAUUCCUGUACCUCUCAAAGUUGGCAGCCUGAAGGUCCUUAGUUAAUAACUGUUCCUGAGGACUCUACUUUUGGGGAGAAUUUAUCUAAGAAAAUCUUUAGCCCACUCUAAGCCAUUAGUAGGGCUUGGUGAGUUUGGUUGCUGGACUCCUACACCUGGCAUAUGCCUGAAGGCCUGUGCCCAUCUAUACAAGAACUGGGACUUGUCCCUAGCUGCUGUGAGUGCUAACCUAACUGAUGGGCCCCGGGAGGAGGCUGUGCUCUGGAGAAGCAGGGGCAGCUCUCUUCUUGGCCUUGCCUACCUGCCUCCAGGAAGAAUAGGCAGAACUUUAAGGCAGCAUCAGAUUAAAUACCAAACACCUUGCAAUCAAUUUCAACUGGAGGUCAGCUCCAUGAAAAAAAUGUCAAUCCUUUGCUUGGUUGUUUCAUAUCAUCUCAUUGCUUGGGCUUUGACGGGGGUCCUGCCCUUCCCUUUUAUUCCUGUGUGUUAACCUCAUCAGAAUAGUAGAAUGGAGGAGCAAGAAAGUCUGUCCUUUGCCACGAGGAACAGCUGUUGACCUGAGUGGAGAGGUGUGUGCAUGCAUGCGUGCACCAAUGGGAUACAUGUGUGUGGUUCCAGCUUUGCUAACAGUGGGAGCUCGAAAGGGAGGAAGGUCCAUGACACUCAGCCACAUACUGUUGAAGGUCAGAGCCAAUUAAAUGUUAAAUUAUGCAGGAUUUUUCCUCACUGGCUCCCUUCUCCCAAUUGACUCUUUUUUUCUUUUUUAGAACUACUAAUUAAUAAUCCCUCAAGGCUAAAAGAUAAAUUGUCUUAGGUAGAGAACAUAAUCUCCUAGUAUCCACACCAACUUCAACACUGCAGUUUCUCUGUAUUUAUUAUGUGAACUACUAACCUGACCUCUUCCUUCCUCCGACGCUUGAAGGAUUGCCCAGUGUUUUGGGAUUGUAGAGUUAUUUCCUGCUUUAUUACUUUGGGAAUUUUGAACUUCUCUGAUUUUGUUUUUAAAAAGUAACCUAAAAUUUCCUACAACACUAAAUAAAAUGGU